AUGGCAGAUAAGGUGCAACAAGUCACACAACUUCUGAAUAUCCUCGAGAAGGAUCUCAGAGACAAGUCUCUCACCUCAAGUCAAAGAGUUGAGAAACUUCUCCAGUUACGACAGUACGGCACAAGCCCACGUGAUGCUGGUCCGAUAUAUUCCCAGCGGGGAAUGGAAGUUUUGGGAAGAUAUGGCAUUGACGGAGAAACGCCAGAUGUGCGCCGUGCCGCGUUGCGCUGCGUCGCAAACGCCCUCCUGCUAGAUGAAAAGAUGCGCCAGAUCUUUGUGGACACCGGCUAUGGAAGUAGAUUGGCAGAAAUGCUCAAGUGCGAUACCUCGGACGACGAGAUGGUUAUUAGCCGGAUACUCUUUCUAUCCACGUAUGAUACCACUUUGGAUUAUGAGGAGCUAAUCAAGAGCCACUCGCUCGGCGAUAAUAUCAACUAUCAAAUCAUCCGACAUGCAAAGCAGUUUCCCAAAUCUGGCAAAAAGCCGUUGCCACAAAUUGAUGAACUGGCGCUCACUGAUACUUUGAAAUUGAUAUUCAACAUCUCCAAGUUCUAUCCGGAUCUUUCUUCAACUUUUUCGCCUUCAAUCCCUUAUAUAUUCAAGAUCAUUAGCCGCAUCGAUAUCCCACGGAACCCCCUCGAUGGUCUGCUAGGCUAUCUUCUCAACUGCCUAUCGACUCUUGACCUUGAGAACAAGAAGGGCAAGCAUUUUGAGAGCAACCCGAUCUUCCCAACAAUCAAUCAGAACUGCAAUGUCGAUAAAUUAAUCAACAUCUUAGAUCAGGCCGUAUCCGUCUAUGACGCCAAGGAUCUUGCAACGAAGGCCAUUCCACUUUUUCAUUCGCUUGUGACCAUAUACGAAGUGGCUCCGGAUGGGCCGCGUAAAUACAUGCAAUGGCUGCUCCUGCCAGAAGAUAAUGAUCGCAGUCAGCCGAUUGGGACUUCCGACACGCUUUCUUCGAAACUCCUCAGACUGUCGACUACGCCGUAUCCAAACCUGAAGAUCGCCAUUUCGGAGCUCAUGUUUGUUCUUUCCGGAAAAGACGCUGAAAGUCUCACAAAGAAUAUCGGUUACGGGUUUGCUGCCGGGCUUUUGGCCACUCGUGGCAUCGAGAUUCCUCAGUCCGCAGGAGAGGCGUUCGCCACGAACUCCAAUGGCUUGAAUCCGGAUGUCAAUCCAAUCACUGGCCAACGGUGGGAUGCCGAAAGACAAGAUACAGGCCCACCCAUGUCGAGGGAGGAGAAAGAAAGGGAGGCAGAGAGAUUAUUCGUGCUGUUCGAGAGCCAGGGCCACUGGGGUGCUCAAUGUGGAAAACCCAAUAUCUUUACGCGGGGCAGCACAUUUCACGGCCUCAUCCUCUACAGUUUGGUCUACUAUGUGCCCGAAUACUUCCAGUCGGUCAAGGCCUACAGCCCUGUAAUUGCUGGUGUGGCUGCGCUCCCACAGACAGUGACCGUCGUGCCCUGUGUUAUAAUGGCUGGGCUCCUGACCUGCUUCGGUGUGGGCCUGCUCAUUCUGCUCGAGUCCAACACCACUGUUGUGCAGUGGAUAUUCCUGGAGGCUGUCUCGGGUCUAGGAAUUGGGCUGCUCUUUCCAUCCAUCGCUCUCGCGAUCCAAUUCUCUGUGCCGCAGCGCCAAGUCAGCACGGCGGCGACAUUGGUCUUGUUCUUCAGAUCCACGGGACAAGCGAUUGGCGUUGCUAUCGGAGGGGUGAUUCUCGACAACCAGCUCCAAAAGCAUAUGUUUGAUGCGGUGGCGAAGGGAGCUGCCAAUGAAUCGCAGGCACAAUCGUUGAAUGCCAUUACACUGGUCGAAAUAUUGAAAAAGCUACCGGCCGACUCUUCUGAGGCGAUCAUGGUCCGGCAGGCUCUGGUAGAAUCAUUCCAGGUGAUCUGGAUGGUACUGUGUGGCUUUGCAGGCCUCAAUCUGAUCCUGAGCAUUUUCAUCAAAGAGUUUCACAUGAACCAGAAUCAUGAAACGGAGCAAGGCUUUAUGCACGAGGUACCAGAAAAUAACCCUAGUAUAAAAGCAGAUCGCAAUUGA